AGCUUUCUAGUACAAUAAACUAGUUCUGCCGUCUUCCUUUUCUUUUCCCCCGGACAGUGGUAUGUAGCACUGUAUGGGUAACUAACAUGUUAACAGAACAAGGUAAAAAAGGGGAAAAAAAAAAAAACUAAAACAAAAAUAAACCCCAAAUCCAGCAUCAAUAUCACCCUUGGUUAUUUGGAAAAUAACUGGGAGAACUCUGAUGCACUGGUAGUUUAUCUGGUGGAUGUUAGAAUUGUUUUCUGUGAAUUGCAUUGCAUUCCCAGUUUUUGUUUUGUUUGUGGUCAUCUCUGAAUAUAUGGUGGACUUAUUAAUGUUUUUAUCUUUGUAGUAGACAUGUGACUCAUAUUCAUGCUUGAUAUUUACUAGCUAGAUCACAAAGAAUGAUGCAGAAUAUUCUGAGGUGGAAAGGACCCACAAGGGUCAUUGAGUGCAGCUCACAAGUGAACGGCCAUAGAGGGAUUGAACCCACAACCUUGGCAUCAUUAGACCCAUGCUCUAACCAACUGAGCUAUGAAAACUUAAUUCAGUUCUACAUUUUAGAGUUCCUGUAAACUUGACAAAAUUCAUUGUGAAUGCAGAGGCAAAAUAAAUGUAUAGUAGGUGUUCAAAGCCCAACUUGUGUUUCUGUAAAACACACCUGUGGUACAUAAAAUAAAAAAUGUUAUGGGAACCAAUGGGAGAUUUUAGAAGAACAUAAAUACUUCUGAGAUUUCCCUUUCCUUUUCAUUAUUGUGUGCAUAAAGAUAAUAUCCAGUUCUGUCUGGAAGUGGAGAGUGAAAAGCGAUGGAUUUAAAAUGUUGCACCGAGGCUACAAGUCAGUGCUGUAAUAAAGUCAGUGGAUGAGGAUAGACAGAGACCUCAGGAACAGUACUUCAAACUGCAAUAAUAAGUGAUGACUCUGCACUCCCCCUCCAGGCUGUAUGGCCUUUAAAAAAUACAUGCUGAAGAACCUCUGUACCCCAUUAAAAAAAAAAAAAAAGGGCAGAGAGAUUUCUCCUGCUGAGUCAGUUUAAGCAUCUAGGUCAGGUUUCACCUCCCUGCAAUUAAAUUUUGUUCAGUUCUUGCAUCUUUCUUAAAAGCCUCUGUAGUGGUUGAUUGCUUUCUUCAGAGCAACUUGAAAAGGAUUUGAUGACAGCUGAAAUAAGCUUAUGUUCCUGGACAUGGGCUAGUACUAGACAUGGUAACUCAGGAGGUUACAGUAAGAAUAGAGGAAAGGGAGAGCUGCUGUACUGCUUUAGGAAGCAUUUAAUUGUCGUCUUGGGCUUGACAUCAUGUUGAUGCAGGGGAGAUGCAAGACGAGAAGAGCUGUUUCUCUUCACUCAUUUGCUUCGAGACAAGACCACAGAUAAAGAUGCUUCUGAGGUACAGCAUUUUAAGCAGGUUAGCAGGUACAACUCUGAAAAAUGAAGUCUCUUUGCUGUGAACUAGAACUGGCUCCUAACUGGCAUGCUUGAAGUGUGAACAGAGCAAGUUGGGACUGUCUGUACCAGCUUAUACAGACAAGCCUGAGGCAGAGCUUAGAAACAAAACAUCACUUCUUCAGAAGUUUGUGUUGUUACAAUCACCAGCCUGGACUGUGAGAGGCACAGGAGGAAGGUGUGUGUUCACCACUUGCCAAGAUGGAUGCAGGCAAAAAUUACAGUUGACCAAGAUGUGGAGGGCCUGGGAGGAGUUUGAAGACUUCCAUCCAAGUCCAGCCUUGCCAGGCCCUCUGCAGACACCGUUAAUUUAGUUUUAUGACUCUUUUCUCUGCGUAUUUGCCCGACCUGGGUUAUAUUAUAGCCCAGAGCAGGAGUUUGGGAGGAAUUUAAGGUGGUAAUCUACAGCUAGCUGAAUUUCCAGGUCCUCUCAAACAUCAUGUAUGUACUGCUGCAGAUUAAACCCAGCAGCUUCCUUAUUUGCAUGAAUGUUCUUAAGUUGUCCUCUCCUAAUGGCCAUAGCUUGUUACAAGGCAAACUUUAAAAUUACAGUCAUGAGAUUAAAUGGCUGAUCAGUCUUUCUGUUUCAUUCCUCAAAUAACUUUUACACAUUGUGAUGGGGGGAAGGCAUAAUUAGAGCUGUAGAAAUAGGGGAGGUUUUAUGUUUGCUGGUUGGUAAUUGUCUAAAAGAUUUCUGUGUUUCUGUAAUGUGUAAGAAAUACCUUAAAAACAAAAGACUCCUCCAAAAACAUUAAACAUACCUCACACAAAAUAGACCAGACUUUAUUUAAGUAAAAUAAGUCCUUUUUUUGUUCUUCCCUAGUCUCUAAUGUACUUUUGAGAGGAAAUCUUCGACAGUGUUGAUUCGUGUUGGUCUAUGAAAUCAGGAGUUGUUUUCCUAAACAGGAAAAGAUGUUAAGACACUUGAGAUGGAUCAAGAAUAGAGACAUCUUAGCUAGAGCAGAAGCUGAUAUACAGGAGGUGAAAUGGGUAAUCCUGAGCCAAUGAAUUCUAGGUUUGGAAACUUGUGCAUUGAUAAGAUGUUCUCCAUCUGCCAUUAGCUAUCAAGUAUUCCUGUUGAGAGACAGGUUGUAAAAUUCAGAGUAGCAGCAACUUCUGUGGACUUAAAAUUUGCUUUGUAGUAUUAACGUAUAAAUUCAAUUUUAGGUAAGGUUUUAAAGAGUGUCUUCCAGAGUGGAGAAAAGUAAAGGAAAUCUGCCUGAAGUCUAUGUCAAGACGGUGAUCUUUCCAAAUUGACAAAGAUUCCUUAUGAUCAAUUAGCCCGCCUUAGUUUAAGUGAGGAAGAUACCAAACACAUUGACUGCAUUCUGGAUAGAAUUAAUGUAUUCAUAUAGAGCAAGAGACCAGCUUCCAAGGACAGAUUUUCUUCAGUGUAUUACAUUAUAGCAGAGAGUACUUGACAAUUAGGGUGAGUGCACACACUUUAGAAAGGAGGCUGCAGCUUUUUGAUUUGGUGAUGUUGGACAGGAAUGACAAUUGCAGCACCUGAUUUAGUCACCUGAGCUUUGUCAGCCAGGCUUUCAAUGUAGCUUAUGGAGAAAGGCUUCCCUCAAGCACUCAUUGAUGUAGUUAGGAUUCUGCUCUGAGUCAGUGUCUGCAGGAACCUGUUCCACUACAGAGGGACAAAGGGGUAUCAGUUGGAGACUUUUUUUUACCCCCAAACCUUUUUUUGGUGGGAGUGUUUUGGUUUGGUUUUAGUUUUUUGUUUUGUUUUUUUGUUAACUGAAAUCACUGCUUCAGGGAAUCGCUCUUUAAAAUCAUCAGAAAGUGAAACCUAUGCAGGAUGGCACUUAAGCUAUUUAUCUGAGUAUAAACACAGGAUUCUUGUUAACUGCCUAAAGUUUCUAGCAAGAUUUAGAUCUUGGGAGUUACAUCCAUGAGUCCGGUAAUACCCUCCUUUUCACCUGUUUCCCAGCUGUAUCACAACAGAACCAGUGGAAGUAAUUUCACUUGGAUUUUGCUGUCUGACAAGAUCUUUGCAAAUGUUUCACCAAGUGAGAUUUUUAGGAACCAUUAAGAUAGGGUGAGGAGUGGAAUGAAAACUUACACUACUCAGCUGAAUUACUGCAGCUGAUGGUCAAAGGAUGCAGAAGUUCUCCUGAGCUCCAGCUUGUGUGGUCUGAGUCCUGUUCUGCCGGGUGUUGUGCUGAGUACUUGCUCACCCUUUUGAAAGCAGGGACUGACACCUCCUGUAAAUCAAGGUCUACAUGGUAUUGAUAAUUUUUUCCAAACUGAAUCCAGUAGCUGGGUGAUUAAACUGCUCUAUAACACAACAGCUAACAGCCUGGUGCCAUUAAUCUACCUGUUUUCACAUGGAGCCUAGACCUAUUAAGAGUUUUAUGCUUAAAAGUAAGAAGCCUCAGCUUUUCCAGAGAAAAGUUAACACUCAGACCUGGUAGCUAAAAGGCUUGGCCUCCUUAACAUGGCAAAAAUAUCCCAUUAGUAAUUUUUCCCAUGUUGCUGUGAUUAGUCUUCAUUGUUUGUGGAUUAGAGGGUUUCCUCAGGAACUGUGGAAACAAUCUUUUCCAGAGAUUGCCAGAAGGGUAUUACUUGCUGUGUGAGUAAGGAGAACACUUAGUGAGAGUGGGGCAAUAUCAGAUGUGUCCACAGAUGUAUACCUGAACCUUACAUUAGCAGAAGGACAGGUACAUAAUCACCUUGAAUAUGCAAUUGAAAUAAGUACACAUUGUUGAACUGUUUGGCUUUCAGCUCCUGCAGGCGAUUCAGGCUUCCUUUGAGCCUUUGUGUCGUAAAGGAAGGGCCACUGUGUUCUCACAGAGUGUUUGGCUGCAUUGCAACAAACCUGGUUACUGAUGCCCAGGCAUACUUUGAUUGAUGCACAGAUCAAAUGACUGUUGGGAGUGGCUUUUAGGGUGACGUCCCACUUACAGUGAUGUCAGCAAAAGAUUUUUAAAAAUUCAGGUGUGGCAUAAUAUGCCAAUUAAACUGAUUAGUGCUCUGGCUGAGUCCUGAGAAGGAGCUCUGACUACAGCCCUGCUUGUUGAAGCCUUUCAUGCAGUGCCUUUGGCUCACCUCGUACGAGACUUUUACCAAGUACCUUCACUUCAGGGUGCUGUAAAUUGUGGUAGGAUACCAUACUAAGGGCUGUAUGCUAGCUCUCUUGUCAUCAGGGGAAAUCUGAUCCUGGCUCACAAAUGUCCCUGACUGCUUGGAAGCUGUGACACUGGAAGAGGUCCUGUGACUCCCGUGGGAUUGGGAUGGAGUGCAUCGCUGCUCUGUUGGCAGAAGUGAAAGCUAGCCAGGAGGCAAUGCAGGCUGGACAGAAGGCACUAAAGCAUGAUGUGGAAACAUCUCAGAAGGAAAUCAGAACGGUGUUAGCAUUGCAGAGGAGCCAGCAACAGGUGAAAGAAGAUCUCAAAGCAGAGGUGAAGUCCAGUCACUUGGAUGUAAGAACUGUGCUUGAGGAAAUCCAGCGAAUAAGAGAAGAAAUGCAAGCUCGAUUAAAUACUCAGGCUGAUCUGGUCUUACUGAUCAAAGAAGUGAGCACCAAUUUAAGAUGUGUAGACAAGGCUUUCCAAAAAAUGGAGGAGAGGCAGAAAGUUUUUACCAACCUGCAUCUUCCCACGAGAGAAAAUGUUGAGCAAGGAUUCUUCUUUGAAAAAUGCUUACACCAGUCACAUGUGGGUUUUGAAAGACCUAUGGAAGCUAACAAUUUGGAUGAGGAAUGUGAAAAGAAGGUGCUUGGGGUUGACAAGAGCAAGCAGCGGAGUCCCAAGAGCUCAUGCAUACGGACUCAAGCCUCCACAGAUGUGCAUUCACCUGGCACAAAGGCAGCCGAGUUGACACAGUACAAAACAAAAUGUGAGACCCAAAGUGGAAUCAUCCUGCAGCUGAAAAAAUUCCUGACAUCCAGUAACCAGAAGUUUGAAGCAUUAACAGUUGUCAUCCAGCACCUGCAGUCUGAGAGGGAGGAAGUGUUGAAGCAGCGGAAAGAGUUAUCUCAAGAACUAGUUAAUCUUCGAGGAGAACUAGUAACCACUUCUGCAGCUUGUGAGAAAUUGGAAAGAGACAGGAAUGAACUGCAAGUUGCUUAUGAAGGGUUUUUGCAGAAGUUAAACCAGCAACAUCAGGAUGACUUAGCUGAGCUGGAGGAGAGGCUUAAACAGUUUUACACUGCAGAAUGUGAGAAACUCCAAAGUAUCUGCAUUGAAGAAGCUGAGAAAUACAAAGCCCAACUCCAGGAGCAGGUGGACAAUUUAAAUACCACACAUGAAAGUUUUAAGCUGGAACUCGAAAACAGACACUCAGAAAAAGUAGAGGAGCUGAAAAAGGAGUAUGAAUCCUCUUUUUCAGAGCUCAAGAGUACCCAUGAAUCUGAAAGGAAGUCACUUGAAGAUUCCUUUAAAGAGAAGCAGGAAUUGUUGGAGAAAAAAAUCGAUGAACUAAAAAGUGAAAACAACUCUCUGAGUGAGAAGCUGAAAUUAGAAGAACAAAAACAAAUAGCCAAAGAAAAAGCCAGUCUUAAAAAUCCACAGAUUAUGUACCUGGAACAGGAGCUGGAAAGUUUGAAAGCAGUGCUGGAGAUCAAGAAUGAGAAACUCCAUCAGCAGGAUAUAAAGCUAAUGAAAAUGGAAAAGCUGGUGGAGAACAACACAAUCUUAAUGGAUAAAUUAAAGAAGGUUCAGCAAGAAAAUGAAGAAUUAAAAGCUCGGAUGGACAAGCACAUGGAGCUUUCAAGGCAACUUUCUACAGAGCAAGCUGUUUUACAGGAGUCAUUAGAGAAAGAAUCAAAAGUAAACAAACGCCUGUCAAUGGAAAAUGAAGAACUUUUGUGGAAAUUGCACAAUGGUGACCUAUGCAGCCCAAGAAAACUGUCUCCCAGUUCUUCAUCUGUGCCUCUUCAGUCCCCACGGAAUUCUGGUAACUUCUCUAGUCCUGCAGUGUCACCAAGAUGACAUCUCCUGAGAGAAAGAGGAGCCUGCAUUUCAUUUCUGAUCUGCAGAACCUUUCUUAACUUUAACCACAGGAGCAAGAGCUAUAUUAGCCGCCUAUGACAACUAAACAUAACUGGAAACUAUUCGGUGCAAAAAACAGCGAUAGGAGACUGUGAAUAUGGGAGUAAGACAUUCACUCCUCCCAAAAAGACUUAUGACCUCUAUGGACAUCGUUGCACAAAGCACUUAUAGAGCAAGAAAAGACUUGUUCGUUGCCUUUUCACCUAACCAUAAGAAGAAGCUCAGGGGCUUAGAGAUAAAGAUCACAACCUUUAUAAUAUGUUCCUUUUCACCGACACUUUUUUAAGGCUGUGUGUGUGCGUGUGUGCGUGUGCCGUGGAUGGAAUGGGUGUAACACACUGUGCGUGUGUCUAAUGCUGCCUUCUUUGCUGUGUAUGUAAUAAAGGAUAAAACCUGAGGACUAUACAUUGACAUGUACUUCCUUGAUACUGCUCUCAGUAUGCAUGCUUAACACAGUACCCUUGCCUGGCAGUGAGGAGAAACUGGUACUGUAGCAUAGUUUCCUUCGUCAUUCUGGCUGGUAAAAAAUGGCAUGAAGACCGUUGUCAACUGACUCAUUAGCGUCUUGGCCAACUUGAGUAUGCAACUUGGAAUUAAUUUUAAAAACAAAUUGAAUUGCAGCCAUAUUUUGCAUAGAUUCUUGGUUUCAUGUCCAUGCACAACUCUGCCAUUUCUGAAGAGAACUUUUUUUGCAGGGCGCAAUGGAUUUUGGAUUUCAAGUCAAUAGGUUUGUAGUCAGAACCACAGUAGCCCUCAAGGUCAGAAGUUCUUAGCUGGGUUGCAAGUUUAGAAGCCUAGACCUACCAUCUUACCUGCUGAAAAGGAAGUGCUAAUUUCCCCAAAAUAGUAUGUCUGUCCCUGAGGAUAAACAGGAUGUAGAUUUGAAAGCCAAAGAGAAAAAUGCAAUAAUCUUAACUAGGUGCAUUCUUAAUUCAGUUCUCAAGAAGAUUCAGUAAUUUGAGAAUUCCAAUGUAGCUGGUGACACACUUUGCCUUUUUAAGUAUUAGCAUUUGUAUUAACUUUCCUCAGGGCUGGCUAAAUUCACCUGAGGAUGAGAUGUUUUCUGUGUAUUUUAUCUUGCUACUCCUGCCAUACUUUUCCUCUUAGACUGAAGGAUAUUGGUGUUUUGACAGUUCAUCAGGUGAAAAAUCCUAUACAAGAGAUUCUGUAGAGUAGGGGAAAAAGUUGUCCUGGCUGCUGGAACUGGAGGAUGAGGGUGUCAGCAUUUCUGGAAAUAUCACAUGCUGAGUUUCGGCUUCAACAGGGUAAUUGGAUAGCCUUGCUCCACCCUUGAUCACACCUGUUUAAGAUGACUGCUCUGUACCUACUAAACCAGGUUCAGCUUCAGAUGAGCCUUAGAAAAUACUACUGAUGCUUACAGUAGCUUGGGCUUCACAGCAGGGCCAGGACAUUGUUACACUGCUGGUUAGCUAAUGCUGGUAGCUGGCUGAGUUUCACUGUCUUUUUCAGUAGCUUGGGGAUAGGAAUGGAGGGCAUGGAAAGCAUUUAGGGAAGUCAACUGGAGAACCACUUCAAACUACUUUACCUAAGACUUGCAAAAUCUUGGCUAGUAAUGAGGAACACAGACAUAGAAACAAGAUUGUUAACAGUGCUCUUACAGCAAGUAAAUUCGUAAUAUAUUUAAACUUGUAAUUGACUGUUUCAUCAUUAAAUUUACUUACACCUCUCAUAGUGUACAAGUUAAGGGUGCCAUUUGUAUGAAACAUUAUGCUUUCUUUUAAUCCUUUUUAGGGAACUGUACGUACCACUUAUUAGUGGUGUCAGUACUUAAAAUGUUUAUUAGGAGGUUCAAAUUUAACUGUGAAAAUCCUACAUUGGCUACAACUUGGCUUUACGUAUGCCUUGGAACAUUCUUACUUUCUAUGGUCAAAGAGAUUUGAUUGCAUGUAUUUGAGCUGAAUGCUUUACAAUAAAUUUUUUGUACCGACUGAAGGAUUUUUCUUCUGCUUGUGUUAGUCAAAGGAUCUUUAAGGAGGAGCAUUUUUCCAGCUACUAAAAACUCUUAGUAUCUCCUCAGCACAGCAAAACAGCAAUGGUGAAGCUUCACAGCACAAAUCAUUAGUGUUCAGCUAAUCCUCAGAAAAUUUUUCCCUUGUUACUACUCCACUUGUAGGUAGAAGAUAUGUGGAGCUUGCUUGUGAUUCUACAGAACAUGCGUGUGAGAAAAGCCACAGUUAGAGGUCAGCAGUGUAAGAGCUCCUGUCACAAGGACACUUACCUAGCCAACAGUAAGAAUUUCACUACUCUAGUUGCAGUGUAAUGCCUGGAAUAAAACAUGCAACCAGAGUGCACACAAAUGCUUGAAGGUGAAAUAUGGGAUAGUCCUUCCUGUAGCAAGAGCAGGGAAAGCUUUUCCAGACUACCCUAUGGAAAAGUAAGUAUGGUAUAGUAGAUAAAUUGUCAACAAAUUAACAGUCUUAAUAUUAUCUCCACAAUACAGGAGACUCUUCAUGUCUACACUGCUUGCAAGUAGACUGUAAUGCUUUUAUGGAGAAAUGCUUGUAUGUAGAAAUCAGAUUAUAGAAAUACCUGUUUAGUGUUUGUCCUGUUCGUCUCAACAAAUUAAAUGAUUCUGCUAAUCUGUAAA